AUGAAUCUAGCGAGAGAAGAUGUUGCUGGUAGACGGGGGGUUGAUGUUUCUAACGGCCGUGAUGUUAGGGGAGAGGACGAAAAGAAUCAAGAUAUUGAGGCAGGUUUUAAAGCCAGUAGUGAGAGUUCAGAUUCAUUCUCCAUAAUAUCUUCGCCACAGCCAUGCUACGACCGAGGCAUUUGGCGCUCAACAACCCUCGACAAUUUCGGGAUUGACAGCAGCGGAUUAGCCAACGAUACUACCACAGCGGCUCCCCAAACCCCCAGGGCCCUGGAGGAGGCGAUGAAUACUGAAUUCGAUAUCAAAUGGGGUGGGACAGAUGACCCCGAUAACCCACUCAAUUGGUCUUUAUUAAAAAGGGUCUCCAUAUUGAGCACGGUUUCUUUACAGGCUUUGAUGGUGUAUGCACUUUAUCUCAUUAUAAUAAUGUACGAUGACAGUAGCUAAUAGCCGACAGAGUUUUUUAUUCAACUUCAUACCUCUCCGGAUCCCCCGGAAUGAUGAAGGAAUUCGGGAUUGAUUCUUCGAUUACUAUCACGCUUGGUAUGACGACUUAUAUGGUAGGGUUAGGUAUUGGUCCGUUAAUAUUGGCCCCCAUGAGCGAGUUGUAUGGUCGACGGCCUGUCUACCUCAUAUCGUUGUUCUUGUUUCUGGUAUUUGUCAUACCGACUUGCGUGGCAAAGAACUAUGCUACUAUUCUCGUCGUAAGGUUUUUUGUGUGAGCUUCCCUUCAUCCGGCGGUAAGAACCGCACGCUGUACAAAGCUGAGAAAAUCCAGUGCAUUAGCUGGCUCGGUAACCCUCUCGAAUGCUCCUGGGACGCUCGGGGAUAUCUUCAACGAAAAUCAACGGACAUUAGCGUUCAGUAUUUACAAUCUUGCUCCAAUGAACGGCCCAGCCCUGGGUCCUAUCAUUGGAGGCUUUGUGUACCAAGGCGCAGGCUGGAGAUGGACCAAUUGGCUUGUUCUAGCUAUGGCCGUAGUGCUCUUCGCGACCAGCUUUGCGAUUCCGGAAACAUAUGCCCCGGUAUUAUUGAGACAGAAGGCCGAGAGAAAGAGGAAAGAAACCGGUGAUGAUAGAUACAUAUCGAGGUUUUGUCACAAAGACGGAGAGGACGACCUCUGGACAUUGGUCAGGACGAAUCUCGAGCGGCCGUUAGUCAUGCUCUUCACCGAACCUAUAUGGUAGCUAUUUCUUCACAUCUAGAUUCUUAAAAUGUGGACUAAUGCCCCUUUUCUUUUGGAAAAAACAGUAUAUUCUGGCACCUCUACCUCGCAGCAAUCUACGCAGUCCUCUACCUCUGUUUCACCUCCUACCCUAUUGUAUUUUCCGAGAUCCGCGGGUGGGGGCCGGGUAUCAGCGGCCUAGCCUUCUGUAGCAUUGGCGUCGGUGUUGCCCUCGCCAUAGCGCUCGAGCCAGUCAGCAGACGGAUCUAUCAAAGGCACAAGAUAGACCCGGCCACAGGCAAACGACCACCAGAAGCGCGCAUAUCCGGCGCAUGCUUUGGCGCAGUACUAACACCCGUAGCGAUGCUCUGGUUCGCCUGGACGUGUGUUCCUAAUAGAAUCCACUGGAUCUGGCCGGUAUUGAGCGGUGUCCCAUACGGACUGGGCAAUACUUUGAUUUUCUUGCACGGGAACAUUUACUUGGUGGAUAGUUACGACGUUUAUGCGGCCUCCGCACUGGCUGGUCACACCGUUACUAGAAGGUAUGGUCCCCUCCCCUUUCGCCGGCAUAGAUAGCAGGAAAGAAAAAAAAUGGAAAUGAAAAGCCAAGAGAGAAAGAUUAUGAUUCUAACAUAAAGUAAUGGCGUCUAGUAUUCUCGGGGGCAUAAUUCCCCUCUUCGGACCAAAAAUGUACUCAAGCCUCGGGCCCAACUGGGCAGCAACGACCGUAGCCCUCAUUACCGCCGCCCUAAUACCCAUCCCCUGGGCAUUCUACAAGUGGGGAGCGAAAGUGCGUAUGAGGUCUCCAAUUCUUCUUCGGUUGCAGAAGGAGAAGGAAGAGCGCGGAGAAUGA